AUGGCUGCCGCAGACGCACGCGGAAUAGGCCAGUCAACCCCUCCGCUUCCUCCGCUCCCUCCACUCCCUCCACUCGACAAGCGCACAGCACCCACGUACAAAGGACCGGAGAACUUCGACCUCAUGCGUCUGCCACCCGAAUUACGUCUCAAGGUGUACGAGCAGUUGCUACCAACAGAUCGCAGUACCUUCUUCGUUGAAGUCCACCGUCGCCCAGGAACUGCGUCGAACUUCAGGGCGCGUAAAUCAGGCAGACAGGCUUGGCCGCAGCUUGCAGAUGUUGAGCGACCCGCAAAAGGCUCGAGCGGCUUCCCUGGUAAGGGUGAUAUGGAGUGGUUCUGGAUAGUCAACGAUUGGGCGCUCCUACGCAAGCCAGAUGCAGUGCUGAAGCCUCUGGUAAACCUUGCCAAAGCCUGCCGUACUACACAUGCCGAGGUCAUGCCUCUGGUGUGCAAAGACUUCUUACUGGAAGUCACAGAUUUGAGCAUCGCCUGCUGGUACGCAUGUGCACGUCCUUUUUUCACUCCAUCAAUCACCACUCUUCACAUCACUGCCGAGAUCUACAUGCGCCACUACCUGCGAGAACGCUGGCUCACACAACUUCUCCUGCGGUUUCCCAACCUCGAAUAUUUCAAGAUCUCCGGCGUCCACAGCCACAAGCGAAUCUCACAGUAUGGUACCCGCUAUAUGAAGGACGAUCUGCUCAUGAUGAGAUUCAUCCUGAGCAACGCCAAACUCGAGCGAGUCGGUACCGUCUUCGACGAUUCCGACGACGGUUGCGAGGACGACGGCCUACUAGGGAUUGACUGCUCUCCUACAAUCGCUUUCGUCACCGGUAAUGCCUUCGAAAAGCUCUUCCAGAACUCCACAGAGGGCGUUUUCGCGGAUAUCGAUUUCGAAGCGGAGCUCAAGAAGUCCGAGAGUUGUGUGAUGGUUGAGAAGAGUAAGAAGCGCAAGAGACGAUCUUAG